UCGGCCUCGGCCCCGCCCCCGUCCGCGCCAGCCCCUCGGCCGCACUUGCUUGCUGGGCUGCUGAGCCGACCAGAGCCUGAGUUCCGACGCCUGCCCGCCGGCGCCGAUCCCUCGCCUCCUCCCCCGAUCCCUCCCCCAAUUGCGGUGGUCUGGCAGUGUCUGGCCGGCGGCCCGCGGGCGGGCCGCCCUCCCCGCGGUAGCCCACCCCCCCUCUUAAAGCGGCGGCGGGAAGAUGAGGUUUCGGGAGCCGCUCCUGGGCGGCAGCGCCGCGAUGCCGGGCGCGUCCCUGCAACGGGCCUGCCGCCUGCUCGUGGCUGUCUGCGCGCUGCAUCUUGGCGUCACCCUCGUCUACUACCUGGUCGGCCGCGACCUGAGCCGCCUGCCUCAGCUGGUCGGAGUCCCCACACCGCUGCAGGGCAGCUCUAACGGCGCCGCCGCUAUCGGGCAGCCCUCCGGGGAGCUCCGGCCCCGAGGGGCCGCACCGCCGCCGCCUUUGCGCACCUCUUCCAAGCCGCGCUUGGGUGGCGCCUCCAACCCAGACGCAGACUCUCGCCCCGGCCCCGGCCCCGGCCCCGGCCCCGGGAGCAACUUGACUUCGGCCCCAGUGCCCCCCGCCACAGCACUGUCGCUGCCCGCAUGCCCUGAGGAGUCCCCGCUGCUCGUCGGCCCCAUGCUGAUUGAGUUUAACAUACCUGUGGACCUGAAGCUUGUGGAGGAACAGAACCCGAAGGUGAAGGUGGGUGGUCGCUAUACCCCCAAGGACUGCAUCUCUCCUCACAAGGUGGCCAUCAUCAUUCCUUUCCGCAACCGGCAGGAACACCUCAAGUACUGGCUGUAUUAUUUGCACCCAAUCCUACAGCGUCAGCAGUUGGACUAUGGCAUCUAUGUUAUCAACCAGGCUGGAGAAUCCAUGUUCAACCGUGCGAAGCUCCUCAAUGUUGGCUUUAAAGAGGCCUUGAAGGACUAUGACUACAACUGCUUUGUGUUCAGUGACGUGGACCUCAUUCCAAUGAACGACCAUAACACCUACAGGUGUUUUUCGCAGCCACGGCACAUUUCUGUAGCAAUGGAUAAGUUUGGAUUUAGCCUACCUUAUGUGCAGUAUUUUGGAGGUGUCUCUGCUCUAAGUAAACAACAGUUUCUCACCAUCAAUGGAUUUCCUAAUAACUACUGGGGCUGGGGAGGUGAAGAUGAUGACAUUUUUAACAGAUUAGCUUUUAAAGGCAUGUCUGUAUCUCGCCCAAAUGCUGUGAUCGGCAAGUGUCGGAUGAUCCGCCACUCAAGAGACAAGAAAAAUGAACCUAAUCCUCAGAGGUUUGACCGAAUUGCACACACAAAGGAGACAAUGCUCUCGGACGGUUUGAACACACUCACCUACCUGGUGUUGGACGUGCAGAGAUACCCGUUGUAUACCAAAAUCACAGUGGACAUCGGGACACCGAGCUAGCAUUUUGGUGCACUGAUAAGAGACCUGAAAAUGGCCAGGGACCUCUGCUGUGUGUCUCUGCCAAUCUGCUGGGCUGGUCCCUCUCAUUCUUACCAAUCAGAGUGAUAGACCCUCUCGGCUCAUCAUUCAGACUCCUUUCCAGAUGACCAGGACGAGUGGGAUAUUUUGCCCCCAACUUGGCUCGGCAUGUGACUUCUUAGCCCCACGAGGUGUAUGUAAGCAUAGCAGCUGUCAGCCUUUGGGGGGUUCUCAACAUGUUCACAGUGUCACCCCAAAGAAUCAGAGCAAUACACAGCCCCAAAUUUGGUGACUGUGGGACUCAUUCCCUGCGAAAAACUGCUAAUUUGUUGUGAUAUAGGUAAGAAUUUUGCUUUAAAUUGUGGUAUUAUUACUUUAUGAAAAAUUGGAGAGUGCUGCUGAAA